UGUAUUUGGGCGGUGAGGUGUUUGUAUAUAUUCCUUACACACACGGAUACAGACAAUCUCAUGCACUCGUCAAACCCUCUCUAAUUUCUUUUAAUUCUCCCCUAAUUCCAAACUCGCCUUUUCUCCACAGCCACAUCAUAUCAUUCAUAUUUAUAUUCAUCGGAUUAGCCCACGUAAAUAAAAAUAAGAUCAAUCACACAAUUCAUGUGAUGAUCUUGCAUGUAUAUAUAUUAUGCAUAUAUAUGAAGAAGAAUAUUGAUGUUGAUGAUGCAAGGUGAUAACCCUUUAUUCAACGCUGCGAAAUCGAGCUUCAGCCGCCCAUCGCGGGCCUUCAUAUUGUUUCUGCUCGCGGCGGCGGCCACCGUGGCCCUCCACGUCACCACCCGCACCAUCUCCCCCUUCUCCGAUCAGCCCUCCCUCGACGGCUCCGGGGGCCCCAAGAGCUGCUCCCGCCUCUUCCGGGCCCCACCGCCGCGGAAGCUGGUCAAAUCCGUCGCCGAUUUCGGCGCGGUGGGCGACGGGAUCACGUCCAACACCGCCGCGUUCCGCCGCGCGGUGGAGUAUUUGAAGAGAUCCGGCGGCGGCGGCGGGGCCCAGCUGAAUGUUCCGAGGGGGAGGUGGCUCACGGGAAGCUUCAACAUCACGAGCGAUUUCACCCUUUUUCUCGAAGAUGGCGCUGUCAUUUUGGGAUCUCAGGAUCCAGAAGAAUGGCCCAUCAUCGAGGCGUUGCCUUCGUAUGGAAGAGGUAGAGAGAGAGAGGGAGGCAGACACAUUAGCCUCAUUCACGGGAAUUCCCUUAGAAAUGUUGUCAUUACAGGUAACAAUGGCACCAUCGAUGGUCAAGGGAAGAUGUGGUGGGAUCUAUGGUGGAAUAGGACAUUGAAGCACACAAGAGGCCAUCUUGUUGAACUUGUUAACUCACACAAUAUUCUAAUCUCAAACCUCACUUUUCGCAACUCUCCUUUUUGGACCAUUCAUCCUGUUUACUGCAGCAAUGUUGUUAUCAGAGACAUGACAAUCUUGGCACCUCUAAAUGCCCCAAAUACUGAUGGCAUUGAUCCAGAUUCAAGCUCCAAUGUAUGCAUUGAAGAUUGUUAUAUCGAGAGUGGUGAUGAUUUAGUAGCGGUAAAGAGUGGUUGGGACCAAUACGGCAUAGCCACGGCUAGACCGAGUGUAAACAUUACUAUAAGAAGAGUAUCAGGAACUACUCCAACGUGUUCCGGCAUUGGGAUAGGCAGCGAGAUGUCCGGUGGGAUCAGUCAUGUUCUAGUCGAGGAUCUGUACGUUAGAGACUCUGCAGCCGGAGUGAGGAUCAAGACCGACAAGGGGAGAGGUGGAUACAUCACUAAUAUCACUAUACAAAAUGUUGUGAUGGAGAGAGUUAAGGUGCCCUUUAGGUUUAGCAGAGGCGCAGACGACCACCCGGAUGAGAAAUGGGACCGGAACGCGUUGCCUUUGGUGAGAGGGAUACGGAUAAGUAAUGUGGUGAGUAAGGAUUCGAGAAAAGCCCCCUCGCUAGUAGGCAUUGAAGGGGCACCAUUUGAGGAUAUAUGCAUGAAAAACGUUAGCCUGCUUGGGAUAUCGCCGUCUCUGAGGUGGAGCUGUGAGUUCAUCUCUGGUUUCAGCGACGGGGUGACCCCCAUGCCGUGCUUGGAGUUGCAGCGAAACGGCUCCUCGUCUUGGUGUUAGUGUUUGCUCCUCUCUCUCUCUCUUGGUUUCAUAUAUUUGCAGAACACCCAAUUCAUCCAUUAUUUAUGUAACAUUAGGUACAUAUUAUGGCAGUUUUUUUUUUUGUUUACUUGUACACAGAGUUGCAGUUUUACAAGAGUCCAUUUUUUAGAAAGUACACAAAAUUCUUUGUAAUUUUUACCAGUGUAGUCAUUUGACAACAUUUUGUAACAAAGAAAUUCUUGUAUUGAACCAAGAAAUAGACAUUAGAAGUUAAAGAAAA